ACAGGAAGUAUGGAACUGGGCAGUAAACGUUGGCGUGAAGGAAGGCAGCUCAGUAGGGAAAUAAUGAGUUUACUGUAAAGCAGUGUACUGUAUCAGGAAAAAGACCAGUCCCCGCAGCGCCCAUGGGCGACGCCCAGGUACAACUUAUUCGAAUUUGGAGCAGAUAAAUUUAUCGGGCAACGCGGUGGUUCACCGCAAUUUCUCUGAGCUGACUGCCCACCUAUGAUGGAACGGGCGAUGGAGCAGCUAAACGUACAGCUCAAUCGACUGACCCGCUCCCUCCGCCGUGCCAGGACUGUGGAACUUCCCGAAGAUAAUGAAACUGCAGUGUACACACUAAUGCCAAUGGUAAUGGCUGACCAACACAGGUCAGUGUCAGAGUUGCUACUCAAUUCUAAGUUUGAUGUAAACUAUGCCUUUGGACGUGUAAAGAGAAGCCUGCUUCACAUUGCUGCCAACUGUGGAUCAGUGGAGUGUCUUGUUCUACUACUGAAGCGAGGUGCCAACCCAAACUACCAGGAUAUCUCAGGCUGUACCCCACUGCAUCUCGCUGCCAGGAAUGGCCAGAAGAAAUGUAUGGGCAAACUACUGGAGUAUAAUGCUGACGUCAACAUCUGCAACAAUGAGGGACUGACUGCUAUUCAUUGGUUGGCAGUGAAUGGGCGGACUGAGCUGCUGUACGAUCUUGUCCAGCAUGUGUCCAACGUCGAUGUUGAAGAUGCCAUGGGGCAAACUGCAUUGCAUGUAGCAUGUCAGAAUGGGCACAAAACUACGGUGUUAUGCCUCCUGGACAGUGGAGCUAACAUCAACCGACCAAACGUCUCAGGGGCCACACCGCUUUACUUUGCCUGCAGUCAUGGCCAAAGAGACACAGCACAGAUCCUGCUUUCUCGUGGAGCCAAAUACCUUGCUGACAAGAAUGGAAUCACUCCUCUCGAUUUGUGCGUGCAGGGCGGAUACGGGGAGACCUGUGAAAUCCUCAUUCAGCACCACAGCAGACUCUUCCAGAUCCUCAUUCAGAUGACACAGAAUGAUGACAUAAAAGAGAAUAUGCUCAGGCAGGUUUUGGAGCAUGUGUCUCAGCAGAGUGACAGUAAUUAUCAGAGAAUCUUGACUAGUCUGGCUGAAGUUGCCACCACUAAUGGACAUAAGCUGCUCAGCCUAUCCAGCAGCUAUGAUGCUCAGAUGAAAAGUCUGUUGAGGAUUGUUCGCAUUUUCUGCCAUGUAUUCCGCCUGGGGCCUUCGUCACCCAAUAAUGGCAAUGAUAUGGGCUACAACGGCAACAAGACUCCCCGUAGUCAGGUCUUUAAGAUGCGUAUGAGACCAGGGGAGGCUGUACCAAAAGACACUUGGACAGCUUCUGCUAUAUUAGAUCCAUUGGAGCUGCUUUGGCACUCCCUGGAUGAGUGGCUCGUACUGAUCUCCACCGAACUAGAAAGAAACAGGAAUCCCUCAUCCAGCUCUUCCAACAGUGAGAUAGCCUCCCUGCUUCUAAAGCAGCGGGAAGUUGAUCACUCUAGCACCACACCAAAGCUCCCCACCUCCCUGGACCCUCAGAUUGUCAUGGAAACAGAAGUGUAUGCUGAUGGGGAAGACGUUAUCUCCAUGACCGCCAAUCGGCUCAGCGCUGUGAUCCAGGCCUUCUACAUGUGCUGCUCUUGCCAGAUGCCACAAGGAAUGACAUCCCCCCACUUUAUUGAGUUUGUCUGCAAGCAUGAUGAGGUGCUGAAAUGUUUUGUAAACAGAAAUCCAAAGAUAAUCUUUAACCACUUCCACUUCCUGCUGGAAUGUCCAGAACUGAUGUCACGGUUCAUGCAUAUCAUUAAGGGCCAGCCAUUCAAGGAUCGCUGUGAGUGGUUCUACGAGCAUCUUCUGGCCGGACAGCCAGACUCGGACAUGGUUCAUCGUCCGGUCAAUGAGAGUGAUAUCCUUCUCAUCCAUCGAGACUCAAUAUUUCGGAGCAGCUGUGAGAUGGUUUCCAAGUCUACCAACGAGAAACUGAAACAAGGGAUUGCUGUCCGAUUUCAUGGCGAGGAGGGGAUGGGUCAGGGUGUUGUUCGGGAAUGGUUUGACAUCCUGUCCAAUGAGAUCAUCAAUCCAGACUACGCUCUCUUCACUCAGUCAGCUGAUGGUACCACUUUCCAGCCCAACAGUAACUCAUCAGUAAACCCAGACCACCUGAACUACUUCCGGUUUGCUGGCCAGAUCUUGGGUUUGGCUCUGUAUCACAGGCAGCUGGUUAAUAUCUAUUUCACCCGUUCCUUCUACAAACACAUCCUGGGAAUCCCAGUGAACUACCAGGAUGUAUCUUCCAUUGAUCCCGAGUAUGCAAAGAACCUGCAGUGGAUCUUGGACAAUGACAUCAGUGAUCUGGGUCUGGAGCUCACCUUUUCUGUGGAAACAGACGUGUUCGGUGCCAUGGAGGAAGUUCCACUCAAACCAGGAGGCAUAAGCAUUGUUGUGACUCAGGACAAUAAGGCUGAGUAUGUCCAGCUGGUGACUGAGCUGAGAAUGACACGGGCCAUCCAGCCUCAGAUAAACGCCUUCUUGCAAGGAUUCCACACUUUCAUCCCGCCCUCGCUAAUUCAGCUUUUUGAUGAAUACGAAUUGGAGCUCCUCCUGUCAGGGAUGCCAGAGAUUGAUGUGCAGGACUGGUGCAGGAACACUGAGUACACCAGCGGCUACGACCCUCAGGAGCCAGUCAUCCAGUGGUUUUGGAAAGUUGUGCAGCAACUAACUCAGGAGGAACGAGUUCUCAUGCUUCAGUUUGUCACUGGAAGUUCCAGAGUUCCUCAUGGUGGCUUUGCCUAUUUGAUGGGAGGCAGCGGCUUACAGAAGUUCACUAUUGCUGCAGUGCCAUACACCUCGAACCUCCUGCCUACCUCCAGUACUUGUAUCAACAUGCUGAAACUGCCCGAAUACCCCAGCCAGGAGAUCCUGAGAGAUCGCCUCCUGGUAGCGUUGCAUUGUGGGAGCUACGGGUAUACUAUGGCAUAAACAUCAGUUGUGCUGCUCGAAGAGUCUGCAAAGUCAUGAACUCUUUCCCCUCCAGACAAUGUCUUUGUAUUCACUCGCUAUUUUUGCUGGACAAAAAAAAAAAAAAAAGGGAAAUCGAAAUUUGUUGAGAAACGAAAGUUAAGAGUCGCACAUCAGAUUGAAGACAGGAGAGCUGAGUUGCCUCCGGAAUCCCUCCAUCCUCACUCCUGCCUGCCUGUCAACCCCUUUGGAUCACGCCUUCUUGUCUGUUUUUGCUGUUUUUUUUACACAAUUGACAAUGAUUCAAAUGUUUUAUGAUAGAGUUAUAAUAUAAAGCAUUUAUCGAUGAGGCAGGAUGAUACUGCAUAUGUACUGUACAUAUUGAGAAUACAUGGUAAAAAAAGAGUUUCGAUAUUUAAGUCAUCUUUGUGUUUUAACUGAGAUGCAAUAUUUUACUACUAUAAGCAGCUCAAACGGUAGAGGAAAAGGGAGUGUAAAAUUAAUCUCCACAUAGUUCUGAACAGUUCCAGUCUAAAUGCCCUGCAUUCCGUGGUAUUCUGCAAGUAAAGUUAACAUGAACAUGUUGAUCAAGUCCAAUUUAUUUGCAUCCUUGUUUGCAUUACAAUAUGCUAUACAAUGUUAGUCAAAAUGAUGUAAUGUAAGAGUCAAUUUAAUAAGAUCAAGCUCUGCAAGAAGACGCCUUUGGAGAAAUGGGUCCUCAAAACCCGGCCUGGUUGGUCAGUGAGGAAAUCUUGAUAGCAGCGCCUCAGAGGAGGUGGUCCACCUCAGAUCUUCUCCGGAUCAGUCAAUGCAGAAUCCGUACGGCGACAUCAAAUCGGGUCAUCGUCACCUUGUCCUCACUCAAAGCCGGGGGGUGCUGGAGAAAGAAAAGCAGCAGCACUCAAACAGGCCAACAUGUAGUUCAACCACAUGCAAAUAAUUCUUAAGUUCAGUUUUAAACAUUUCUACUGAGGUGGUGGCGUUCCAGUCCACUGGUGCCCAAAUUGAAAAUGCUCUAGAAAUCUGCGGUUUUCUUUUUGGCUCUUUGGAUUACCAAAAGAUGAGCGUGGUGUGAACGAAGGUUUUGGGACUGAACUUACUGUACCAUGAAAUCAACGAGAUAGGAAGCUGCUAAUAUUUUAUAGCUACGUAGCAAAACCUUGAAGUCACAUCUCAAGUGGACCGGGAGCCAAUGCAGUCGCGCAGAUUGGACAAACAAUCAUACAAUUUGUGCUACAAUCAUGUCAUUUGGCCUAAGUAUUCCUUAUUAUUCGCUUUUUCAGAAAAGAGUGCCAGGCACGAAAAAAAAAUCUAUUUGGCAGGGAUUUUUCGAGAAGGCCACCAAAUGCUAUGCUGCGUGGUUUUGUUCAAAUAAAAGAAUUGUGUAUAAACCAGAAAUUUGCCAGGAGUGUUCCUUUUGGGUCAAAAAGUAAUUAGCACAUUUUACUGUUUCUAUCAAAGCAAGCAAUAAAAACACAAGGAGCAGAAAAGAAACGAAGGCUUUAAAAAAAAAAUCAACAGUGUCUUACUCAUUUGUUCUCAUCCACCUUGAAACCAGAUAGACUUUUUAUUAGUUUCAUUAGCACUCCUGCUAUUAAUUUUGUUCUUAUCUUGUCGAAAGCUGCUGAAGAAAGCAAGAACGAUUAAAGGAAUAAAAUGUGUUUGAAUACGA